CCUCUCUGUUCAUUCUUGUGUUUUCUCAUUUUUAGCUCCGGUGCUGUUAGAUUUUGUCCAGAUUGAGUACAGCGUUUUUGUAUCGCCUGACAGGCUUUCGUCGUAAAUGUGAGCAACGAUGGAACUAUUCAACAAAUAUUUGUAGACUGAUCGUGAAAUUAAUUUGGAACAAAAAAAUCAAAAAUGGAACAAAGAAGACGCUCUCGUCGGCCGGAGCUGAACGCCAAACUCGCUUUUAUUGCUGUCUGGUUGUUGUUUGGAAGAACGGUUUGGGCGCAAAUACGGUACUCGAUCUCGGAGGAGCAGAAGGACGGGGUUGCUGUGGGAAAUAUCGCGAAGGAUUUAGGUAUUGAUCACAGAACACUGAAGGAAAGAGGAUUUCGCAUCGUGUCGACCUCAGGCGAGUCCAUGUUCAGUUUGAAUCAGAAUGACGGCGUCCUUUAUGUGAACGGUAAACUAGACAGAGAGGAGGUGUGCGAGAGAAGCGCUCCGUGUUUAAUCAACCUGAAAAUCGCUCUAGAAAACCCGCUGGAAAUUCACUAUGUCAUUGUAGAGAUACUAGAUGUGAACGAUCACAGCCCACGGUUUCCUGAGACUGAAAAGCGGCUAGAAAUCGGGGAAUCUGUUCUGCCAGGCGCGCGAUAUCCUCUACAGGCAGCGCGUGAUCCUGAUAGUGGAAGUAAUUCGGUUCAGACAUACAAACUCAGUCAUAACGAGCAUUUCCGUCUUGAGAUUAAAGACAGAGAAGAAGAUGGUAAAAUUCCUAUUCUGAUUUUACACAAGUCUCUUGACAGGGAAGUGACGAAAAACAUCAAAUUAGUAUUGACUGCUUUAGAUGGAGGGAGACCUCCUAAGUCUGGCUCAGUAGAAAUAUUUAUUGAUGUGCUGGAUAUUAAUGAUAAUGCGCCUGUUUUUACGAAGGACGCUUACACAGUGACACUGAAGGAAAACGCACCCGUGGGCACAACAGUUGUGCAGGUCAAUGCCACUGAUUUGGACGAGGGUCAAAAUGGAGAAGUAAUUUAUGCAUUGGGAAAUAAUGUCAACAAUAAUUUACGCAGGCUUUUUAAAGUUAAUGAAAUAACUGGGGACAUUAUUUUGACAGAUCGUUUGGAUUUUGAGGUCAAGGAUAAAUAUGAGAUUGACAUUGAGGCGUCUGACAAAGGAAUUGUUCCUCUUGCGACGGAUAAAAGUGUAAUCAUAAAAAUAGUUGAUGUAAAUGAUAAUGCACCGGAAAUAGAGGUGACAUCAUUUUCAAGCGCCAUUCCAGAAGAUUCUAGACCUGGGACUACAGUGGCUUUGAUUAGCAUCACUGAUUUAGACUCUGGACUCAAUGGAAAAAUCUCCUGUUCAAUAUCUGAUGAUAUACCUUUUAAAUUAAUGCCGUCAUCACACGAUAAUAUUUAUUCUUUAGUUACUUCUGGAUCACUAGACAGAGAAACCACGAUUCAGUAUGACAUCACAUUAAGUGCAAAAGAUAUGGGACAACCAUCACUGUCUUCUGUUAAAUCUAUAACUGUUCUGAUAUCAGAUGUAAACGAUAAUAGUCCAACAUUCUCAUUUUCUCCAUAUGAGUUUUAUGUUACGGAAAACAAUGUCCCAGGCAAAUUUUUAUUUUCUGUGUCUGCGACUGACAAAGACUCAAAUGAAAAUGCUAUAGUCAGCUAUCAAAUAUGGAGAGAAGGUAGUGAGGAAAACAAAUAUACAUCCUUCAUUAACAUUAACUCUGAAAAUGGGGAGAUUUAUGCUCUAAAGAGCUUUGACUUUGAGUCUGUUAAAAAGUUCCAGUUCCACGUCCUCGCCACAGACUCUGGAGCUCCGUCUCUGAGCAGUAACGUGACAGUGAACGUGUUCAUUCUGGAUCAGAACGACAACGUUCCAGUGAUCUUCUAUCCAGUCAGCGCUAACGGUUCUGCUGAGGGUGUGGAAGAGAUUCCUCGUAAUGUGAACGCAGGUCAUUUGGUGACUAAAGUCAGAGCCUAUGACGCAGAUAUAGGAUACAACGGCUGGUUAUUAUUUUCACUGCAGGAAGUUAGUGAGCACAGUCUCUUUGGUUUGGACCGCUAUACAGGACAGAUAAGGACCCUUCGCUCGUUCACAGAAACAGACGAGGCCCAGCAUAAACUGAUCAUACUGGUCAAAGACAAUGGGAACGUUUCUCUCUCAGCAACAGCGACUGUGAUUGUCAAAGUUGUGGAGCCCAAAGAGGCUUUUGCAGCUUCUGACGUGAAAAACGCAGUAAAAGACGAGGAGGAAAACAACGUGACAUUUUAUUUGAUCCUCACUUUGGGCUCGGUUUCGGUGCUUUUUGUCAUCAGCAUCAUCGUGUUGAUUGUAAUGCAGUGCUCUAAAUCCACAGACUAUUCGUCCAAGUAUUUACAGGAUACAAAUUACGACGGGACUCUGUGUCACAGCAUCCAGUACAGAUCUGGAGACAAACGGUACAUGUUAGUUGGACCCAGAAUGAGUAUCGGCUCUACUAUAGCACCAGGCAGUAAUAGAAACACUCUGGUGAUACCAGAUCGAAGGAGGAGAGAGUCUGGGGAGGUAAGCAGAUUUCAAAAUCAUAACAUAAAUUAUACAGAAUCCUUUCAUUAUUUUCCUCUGCAGUUUUUAAGACAUAUAUCUUUAGACUCUAUGAUAAGAAACGUAUUGUUCAGCUGGUAUAAAAACAGUAACUGAAUUGAGUUUCUGAAC